UCCGAGUUUUUUCAAGUUCGACAAUUUGCCUUGCCUCUGUUCCCAACCUUUCCCCAGGUUCCGUCCAAGUGCAUUCCCCCGAAAACUUUAUCGGGAAAGUUUCUGCCUAAAGAUUGUUCCGUUUCGUUUCUCUCUUCGUUGGCUCGUUGUAAAAUCGUUCAUCAAUCGAGGAAGACGACGAAGGAACCCGCUCGACGGCUGCAAUUCUCGCGAACUGUCGCCAUGGCUGCCCCAUCAGCACCAAAUUCGGUUCAGAAAUCAGAGGAAGAGUGGCGAGCCAUUCUUUCUCCGGAACAGUUUCGCAUUCUUCGCCAGAAAGGAACCGAGCCUCGUGGAACCGGGAAAUACGACAAGUUUUCCGAAGAUGGAAUUUACAAUUGUGUUGGCUGUGGAACCCCACUCUACAAGUCAAGCACCAAAUUCAACUCGGGUUGUGGUUGGCCUGCUUUCUUUGAAGGUUUUCCUGGAGCAAUCAAUCGCUUUCCUGACCCUGAUGGAAGGAGAACUGAGAUAACAUGUGCUGCAUGCGGUGGCCAUUUGGGGCAUGUUUUUAAAGGCGAGGGAUUCGGGACGCCUACAGAUGAACGGCAUUGUGUCAACAGCAUUUCAGUCAAGUUUGUUCCUGCCAAUGCUUCGCAGUGAAGUCUUCAGGCAGCAUUUCAGUCAGAGGUGGUGCUAAAAUCGGUAUCUUUUGUUCAUGUAUUGUAGAAUUGCUUUGGCAUAAUCGCCAUGAUACUAAUAAAUAAAAAAAUUGGCUAUGUGUAUUCUGAUAUGAUAACAGCACUUAAAAACAUGUUUAUAAGUUCUACUAGUAUUCUGAAAUUGUUAUUUAUGUUAGAUUUGCACGCCUA